UAGACAACAAAAUGAGUGUUUUAUCUUGAACAGUUUAAUUGUACUUUUUGCAUGCUGUAAAUCAGAAAGAAUUGACAAAUAUAAACCACAGAGCAGAAAAAACACCGUUUUGCAGUAAGCAUUUUGAUUAUUGUGAAAAACAAAAUGAGGUUGAUAAACACAUGUCCCACUUUGCUUGCUGCUGCAUUUUUGAUGCUUCUUUACAGCUCACAAGUUUACGCAGAGGGGAAUACUGAAUACAUGGCUGACGAUUCAAUGGAUGAUGACAUCACUUUCUUCUGUCUGAAUUGUGGGGAGGGGGCGAGUGAGUGCUGCAGUGGAGUGAUGGGACUUCCCUUCUGCUGUGACGAAAAUUUAUAUGCUGUCCAGAAAAUGACUUGGGCAGCUUCAGAAGCUGAAAAGCUCUCCACUGACCGCCAUCUGGUCACGUGUCAAUCUAGUGACCAGUGCCCAACUACCGCCAGUGAAAUACUGAAAAUUGUAGAUGAAAAUGCGGGUGGGGACUACUGUUGUCCCUUGGGCAACAUUUGCUGCCCAUUUGGAUCCUACUUUGAGGAGAUAUUCCUCAUGCUCAGUUAUACAUUCGGAGGCCCCAUCAUCUUCAGCAUCCUCCUGUUUUUGUUGGGAUGUGCGAUAUUCACUAUCUGCUUCUGUGUGUGGUGCGCAGGGAGUCGUAAGAAUAACCGAGGAACGGUCUUGACUCAAGGUGGAGUGGCAACAGGAGUCGUGUUGCAGCCGUCGUCAACACCGGCUCUUGGAUUUUCGUCGGAUGGCAUGCCAACAUACCAGAGAUUGGAGAAUGACCAAGACUGUUAGAAAACGGAAAGACCAAAAACUGAUGACUGAAAAUAAAGACUUAUAACGAAUUAACAAACAAUAGAGAGCUUGUUGACUGCCAAAAAUCGAACUAAAAUUUUUAAAAUACACUAAAACAAUAAAAUAGAUAUAUCAGCUUACUUCGCGUAACCAACGUCGAAAUAGAAAA